AUGCCUAGCGCAGGUUCAAAUUUACCUGCUGUUGCACGACUAAACGGCGGGUACAACAUGCCCAUUGUUGGCUUUGGGCUGUGGAAGGUCAAUAAAGACAGCUGCGUUGACCAGGUCUACGGCGCCAUAAAGGCUGGUUACCGCCUGUUAGAUGGUACUUAUGAUGGGAUUGUGAGGCGCAAGGAACUGUUCAUCGUGUUAAAGCUCUGGCAGGCUUAUCAUGAUCCUGAGCAAGUUGAACAUGUUGCGCGGAAACAGUUAGCUGACUGGAGCAUUGACUACUUCGACCUCUACAUUGUUGGUUUAGUGAUGGUGAAAGUUCGAUCAUUCUCAGUGGUACUACGAUCUAGCAAGCCAUGGAGGAGCUGGUCGACAAGGAACUGUCUCGUAGCAUCGGAAUCAGACAUCCAGCUCAUCAUGGACUUGCUGCGCUAUGCGCGAAUCAAGUCUGCCACUCUCCAGAUCGAGCAUCACUCAUACCUUACCCAAUGUCUCUUAGUGAAUUUCGCUCGAGAGAAUGGUAUUGCUGUUACCGCCUAUUCUUCGUUUACCAACACAAGCUUUCUUAAGCUCAACAUGCAAAUCGCCAGGAACGCCCGGCCGCUACUUUCUCACCCCGUUAUUACUCCCGUUUCUCGGAUGCAUGACAGAACAUCUGCCCAGGUUGUCCUCCGUUGGGCCACACAACAAGGUAUUGCUGUCAUCCUUAAGAGCAACUCUGAAACCCGUCUCCUUGAGAAUCUACGCGUCAAUGAUUUCGGCCUUGAGCAAAACGAAAUCGACGGAAUCAGUGCCUUGAACAGGAAUCUUAGGUUCAACAAUCCCUUAAACGUAAGUAGAAACUAUCCCCGCGCAGUCAUAGUUUAUUAG